CUGUCAAUCAUCCGGUCGGCGCCCUUUGAUGUCGGGACUCCUCGCCAUGUCUUGGGCUCACUGAGCUGUUCGCUGUAGCAGGGACACGCCAGUCCUCCGCCGAGCAGCCCGGGGACGCCACAUCGCAACUUUUCUCCCCGCUCCAUGUACGUGGAGGCACUUUCUGCACUUUGGAGGCAACCCCACGCGCGCCGAGGAGAUUUCAACCCAGAAGUCCUGUGAUUUUGUUUCCCCCCCCACCCCCCUUUCUGUAUUUACACUUUUCUUCAACCUUGUUACGCGUCUUUUUUUGAGGGGUUCUUCUUUUUUUAAACAAAAGUGCGAUACAUUUCGCGAAGGAGGGGAAAGAGACGCAGACAUGCCUCAGCUGAGCAGCGGCGGCGGGGACGACCUGGGAGCGAACGAUGAGAUGAUCGCGUUCAAAGACGAAGGGGAGCAGGAGGAGAAGAUCCAGGAGAACGCGUUCACGGAGCGGGACCUGGCCGACCUCAAGUCCUCCCUGGUGAACGAGUCGGAGAUCAGUCAAAGUCCGAGCGCGGCGGCGGUCAGACGGGGGCAGCAUCCGGGCGAGCAGCGGGGCUUCGCGGAGAAACACCGGGAGCAUCACGACGGAGUGUCGAAGCACCAAGAUGGAGGCAUGUACAAGACGCCGGCGUAUGCUGGCUAUCCCUUCCUCAUGCUGCCCGACCCCUACCUCCCCAACAGCUCAGUUUCUCCAUCUUCCAACAAAGUGUCGGUGGUGCAGCAGUCACACGGGAUGCACCCCCUGUCGUCCCUCCUGCCCUACAGCAACGACCACUUCAGCCCGAGUCCUCCACACCUGCCCACAGACAUGAGCCAGAAGACAGGCGUUCACAGGCACCAGUCCCAGGACCUCUCAGGGUACUACUCCCUUCCUCCAGGCGGUGUCGGCCAGAUAUCUCCCUCCAUGGGCUGGCAGAGCCAGCCAGUCUAUCCUGCCCUGACCCCCUGUGGAUUCAGGCAACCCUACUCCUCCAACCUCCCCGGCGCCUCCUCCUACUCCAGGUUCCCUCACUCUCUGAUGCUGGGCCAUUCAGGCAUGCAUCCAACAGGAAUCCCCCACCCAGCCAUAGUGCCCCCUUCAGGCAAACAGGAGCACGACCAGUAUGACAGGGGCAUGUAUGUGAAGCAGCACAUGGAGCCCAAGCGGGAGAAGGAGCCCAAGAAGCCGGUCAUCAAGAAACCCCUGAAUGCCUUCAUGCUCUACAUGAAGGAGAUGAGGGCAAAGGUCAUCGCUGAGUGCACGUUAAAGGAGAGCGCCGCCAUCAACCAGAUUCUGGGGCGGAGGUGGCACGCACUGACCCGAGAGGAACAAGCAAAGUACUAUGAGUUGGCGAGGAAGGAGAGACAACUCCACAUGCAGCUCUACCCAACUUGGUCUGCCAGAGACAACUACGAGGCGGGCCUUAGCGGGGUCGCAGGGGAAAAGAGUAAAGCUGAUUGGGGCAAGAAGAAGAGGAGAAAAAGGGAGAAGCAGCAGGACCCCAACACAGACCCGGGCUCCCCUAAGAAAUGCCGGGCUCGCUUCGGCCUCAACCAACAAACGGACUGGUGCGGUCCCUGCAGGAGGAAAAAGAAGUGCAUUCGCUACCUUCAAGGAGGAGGCUGCCCCAGCCCAACUUCUUCAGAUUUAAGUGCCAUUGACUCUCCCCCCUCCUCCUCCCCCUCCCGACACCCGCUCUACCAGCACCAGCGUCAGUGCCCCGCCUCCCCGGGCUGCUCCCCAACGCCCGCCGCUUCCCCCUCAGCGCGCCUCCCCUUGUCUCCGCACACGCACUCACUCUUGCCCCCGGAGCAGGCGGCCGGCAAGCACGGUGGCCCCCGACAGCCCGCGGCCAAACACACACACCUGGAACUGUCCGGCAAGCAGAUGCACGGCUCCACGACGGCAUUGUCCGCCGCCAAGGCCGCAGGACUUUCUCUCAAAGUGCUAACAGAGACUCAGUGAUCACUCCAGCCCGCUCACAUCCCUGACCCAUCUUCACCUCAGCUUCUGUCCCAGCUACGGAGAUCACCUUCACCUGCCUUCAUCCUUACAUUCAUCCAUACCUUUUUAUGAGAUCAUUAAAGAAGCAGCGACUGUGGUUGACAGGAUGAUGGGUCCACCAUCAUCUGUCCUGCGGGAUUGUCCCACAUUUACAGAUCAGAUCUGUCUCAAAUGCUGGUUUCCCCCAAAGUCUGCGUUUCCAGGCCAAGUCCAUCGAUAACAGGUCAACAAGGCUUAGUCCGUCUCAAAGCCUCCUUCCCAUGAUCAGUUCUUUAAUCAAACAUUCAGGAAAUCCUCGUCAGCCUCAAAGACUGGAAACCACACGUGAUAACACACAUCGUGUGACCAGAUAUGUGGCUCAUCAAGUCUCUGCAAAAUAGAAAGCAUGGUGACCAGUUGUUCUAAACCAGUAGUUCUCUUGGUUCCUUUGGCCUGACUCUGGAUGUCCUGUCUGACUUCAACUCUCUCAAACACUCUCAUUCUAAUUCCCGUCUUAACACUGGUACAAUUUAAUGUAAAAACAAUCCAUAGUCUAAAAUAGGUCAUUUUAUCUUGAACAAAUUUUAUUAUUUUUCUCCACAACCAUCCGACAACACCCAGAAAUUAUCCCGGGAGCCCCUGGUUGAGCCGUUACUGCAGGAGGUAGACUGUUACCAGCCUGGACAUGUUAUUAAUCAAUGUGUUUGUUAUUUAUAAUUAGAAGAGGCCAAUUCAGGCUAACAUGUGCUAAGAGAAAAAUACACCAAUCAGCCACAAUCUUUAAGCCGUAACUAGGUUUUAAUGUGGUGUGUUUUAUUGUGGUGCCUCUAACUGUUACCAGCUGCAGAGAGACUGGAGGUCAGUCAGAGUUGGGGAUGCUGAGAGAAUGACUUUAUAAUAACAUCAUACUAAAGAGACUGCUGCAACAUCAGCUCUAUCUAUGUCUAGUCCACAUGAAAGAGCAUGAAAGGACAAUACAGAAAAUACCAGUUAAAAUUUUUUUAAUAUAAGAAUAUUAUGAUGAUUACAAAUAUUAGGUCUAAUUCUAUGAUACCUUUUUUUAAAUGAGUUUAGACAACAUUGAGUUGCAGUUACAGGCUCUUGCCAGUAGGCAGUGCUGCAGCCCCCUCAGCUUCUCUACCCCCAGCCUCCUUCAGCAGCCGUCAGUCUGGGCUCAUUCUCUAAAUUUUGUGAUCAUCAAUUAAGUUAGCCCAGUUUUAUUUUGUAGUUUCAUGACGACAAGUUCUUGGUAAUGAAUUUGUAAAUGAUUCAUUUUGAAGUUGAACACCUGAAACCUUCAAAGAGCAUUUGUCCAUGAGGCUAAACUGUCUCCUCUGAAAGUGGAAGGAAAGGUUCAGCAGGGAGAUUCCAGAUUCCGCCUGAAGAGGCAGGAUUUGCGUGGAUCGAGGAAAAGUCAGGUGUAACUCAAGAGUUCACUUCCCCAUGGUAUCUUACAAUGAACUGAGCUAACCUGCUCCAUAGCAGGUUUCAUUCGUGAUAACGGAUACAAACUACAGACUCUCUUUGUAGUACAGAGACAACACAGAUCCAGUUGUACAGAGGCAGACCUGUGCUGAAGGCUGAAUUCAUCUGGAGUCUCAAACUAAAGGUCCGCUGGCGCCAUCUGCUGGUGACGUGGUUAUUUUCACCUGGAGCACAGCUCUGCCUCUGAGAAAUCAUCUUCCAAAAAUCAGAUUUUUUGUUUAGCAGAUGAGUCUGAGCCCUGACCUUCAUGACAAUCUUAAAAAAAUGUUUUGCAAAUGAGCUCUUAAUCCAAUGAACCACAGACCUAGAAACACCAAAUUUGUUGCAGGAGACUCCUCAGUGUUGUUUACAUGCAUGCUUUCCUCCACGUUACUUUCAUUACCCAUCAUCCACCACAGUCAGAGGACAAACCUCCACGAGAGGGGGAGAGAGACCAGCCACACGUCGGCCUCACCAGCAGAGCCUCAGACAGGAACAGGGACAGAUCCACUUUUAUUGCAGCUGCAGAUUUGACACAGAGCUAACUAGCAUCAGGUCAGAGAACAGGAUCCAACUCAUGAGAAAUCCCUCUUCACGUUAUUUCUUUUAGGCACUUUCAGGCUUUUGCUUUUGUCAACAUACAUUUCUGUUGUUUAUCUCCUCAUUUGUGGGUAUUUUUGUAUAAAUCUUUUUAAAGGUCAUAUAUUUUGAUGCUGGUGGGGAAACCCUCAAAGAAACACAAGUUCUCUUGUUGUCCUUUGAACCUUUUGCAGCUCCAUAAACUGAUCUGAGACCAAAUGGGUACUAUUAUAUUGCAUUGUGUUGUAAAGUUUUUUAAAUGUUGGAAUUCCCUAUUAUAAUUAAACUUUUAUAUGUUUUUAUGUAAGAAAAAGAAAAAAAAGUCAAACUGAAAAAAAUAAUGUUUACUUGCCGACAUUUCUUAAAGCAAUACAUGUGUUCGUCCUCUUGUGCAGAUUUUUACUUUGGGGCCGCGUUACUGCAGCAGCGUUCAGACAUCUCCAUGUUCUCCAUCUGUGCAUGUUCCAAACUUUAACGUAACAAGUUUCGACUAAAAAGGCUUUAAUCUGCAGCUUCUUACUCAGCUCAGCUCUCAGUGGACAAACUGCUGAACUUCUGAACAGCAACUAGUUUUCCUCCAGCAGAGAGCUUCGUGCUAGAAUUAGCCUGGAGGACCCAGCAGGCACCCCUCAAACAUGUCUUUUGUAUUUUUUAUGCCUCAAACGCCUCUGAUGUAUUACUUGUUCUUUUGUUUCAUGUAUUAAAAGUGUUUGGAAUA